AUGCGUGCUCCCCUCACCAUACGUGCUCCCCUCACCAUGUCUGCUGCCCUCACCAUGCGUGCUCCCCUCACCAUGUGUGCUCCCCUCACCAUGCGUGCUCCCCUCACCAUGUGUGCUCCCCUCACCUUGCGUGCUCCCCUCACCAUGCGUGCUACCCUCACCAUGCGUGCUCCCCUCACCAUGCGUGCUGCCCUCGUUGGUCUCGUGCGCCUCAAGAAGACCGGCCUUCGCGCCCCUCCCAAGUUCCUCCCCCCUGAGCCAGAUCCGCCUCCAGGGGUCUGGACACAGUUCUCGAUGGCAGAUACCCUCAUGAUUUGUGCCCUCUUCCCCGUCUCCUUCUUCUCCUCCCUCUCCUCCUUCUCCUUCCUCUCCUCCCCCUCCUCUCUCAUCCCCCUCCCCUCCCUCUCCUUUAACUCCCCCUUCUCCCCCCUCUCCUUCUUCUCCCCCUCCCCCCUCUCCCCCAUCUCCUCCCUCUCCCCCCUCUCACCCUGCUUCUCCCCAAUGCUACCCUCCCGUUCGUUUGCCCCUUUGGAAAGAGGUCAUGAGGGGAUGGUGGAUUCUGGGAAGGCUGAGAGGAAAGUGGAGGCAGGGGGGAAUGACCAUGCGCAGGCGGAGGGGGGGGCGGACGGAAAGAAGAGGACGCUUGAGCAUCCGCAAAGGGGGGAGGAUUGGCGGGAGGAGGAGAAGGAGGAAGAGGAGGAGGAGGAGGAGGAGGAGGAGGAGGAGGAGGAGGAGGAGGAGGAGGAGGAGGAGGAGGAGGAGGAGGAGGAGGAGGAGGAGGAGGAGGAGGAGGAGGAGGAGCAUAGUGGUGGAAAGAUGGAGGGGAGAAGUAAUGAUGUUGAUAAGGGUGGUGGUGGGGAAAGGGGUCGUAAGAAGGGUGAGGGUGGUGAGGGGGGGGGACGAGAGGGUGAGGAGAGGGGGGGUCGUGAGGAGGAGGAUGGUGUGGGGGAGGUUGGUGAGGAGGGGGUUGAUGCGUUGGAGGGUGGUGAGGGUCUGGGUGGUGGGGGGGAGGAGGGUAAUGCGGAGGGGAAGGGUGAUGCGGGGGAGGGUGGUGAGGAGGAGGAGGGUGGUGAGGAGGGGGAGGGUGAUGGGGAGGGGGAGGGUGAUGGGGAGGGGGAGGGUGAUGGGGAGGGGGAGGGUGAUGAGGAGGUGGAGGGUGAUGAGGAGGGGGAGGGUGAUGAGGAGGGGGAGGGUGACGGGGAGGGGGAGGGUGAUGAGGAGGGGGAGGGUGAUAGGGAGGGGGAGGAGCAGGAGGAGCAGGAGAUCCGUCACCCUCUUGCUUCAGAAACUCAGGCUCCAGAGCGUGAGGCGAGUGCAGAGAGGCCAGCGGCGGAGGAGGAAGCGGGGGAGAAGGCGAAGACGCAGCAGCAGGCACAGGCAGGUGCGGAGCUGAAGCUGCUUCACCAGCAGACGCCUUCUGACUCGAGUCAAAACGCCCGUGCUGCUGACCUGAAGCUGCUGCUGCUGGUGGACCAGCUGCACCUGCAGGGACUACUAAAGCCACUCCCCCAGCUGUUUCCAUUGCAGGCACACCCUCUCCUGCUAGACCCACUCCUGCAGCAGCCCCGCCAAUCUCUCCAGGCCCUCCAAUCUCUCCACUCCCCCCAGAUUCUCCAAUCCCCCCAGUCCCUCCAAUCCCCUCAGUCCGAGGCAGGAAGAGCAACAGGGAUUCUGACAAGUCAAGAAGCGCCGACUCCAGAUUGCCUGCAGUUUCUGCUGCCUCGCCAGCCACCACAUCCUCCCAGCUGCCCUCCUCUUCGCCAGAGCUGGUAA